UGCGCGGCGCUCGUGGCGCGCGGCGUGGCCGCCGUGCUGGCCGUGCCGCGCUCCCGCCGCGAGCUGCUGCAGCUCGACUUCCUCGCCGCCGCGCUGCAGCUCCCCUUCCUCAGCGUCCUGGACGCCGACCGGCCCCUGCCCUUCCGCCCCCAGAGCCCCUUCCACCUGUGCAUGGAGCGGCAGAGCUCGCCCGAGUCGCUGCUGGAGCUGCUGGGCAGCCUCCUGCGGGCCAAGGGCUGGCACAAGGUGGACCUGGUGCUGUGCCAGCCCUGGGCCGCCGCCGGCCUCGCGGCGCUCUGGACCCGCCACUCACAGUUCCUGGCCAACACGUCCUUCCACGGGCGCACAGGGCCUGUGGCCAUGCACGACGCGGGGCUGGUGCACACGGAGCGGCGCUUCCGUGUGUGGAGCCUCCUGCGGGACCCGCACGGGGCGCCCAGCUGGGUCACCGUGGGCACGUGGAGCCGCGGGAAGCUGGAGCUGGAGGAGGGCGCCUGGCGGAGCCCGCGGCAGCGCCCGGGCCCCGGUGCCGGCGGCGCCCGCAUGCGCCUGCGCGUCGUCACGCUGGUCGAGCACCCCUUCGUCUUCACCAGGGAGGUGGACGAGGACGGCAGCUGCCCGGCGGGGCAGCUCUGCCUGGACCCCAGCACCAACGACUCGGCCGUGCUGGACGCCCUCUUCGAGGCGCUCAGCAACGGCUCCGUGCCGCGCGAGUACAAGAAGUGCUGCUACGGCUACUGCAUUGACCUGCUGGAGAAGCUGGCCGAGGAUCUGCCCUUCGACUUCGAGCUCUACAUCGUGGGCGACGGGAAAUACGGGGCCUGGAAGAACGGCCGCUGGACCGGGCUGGUGGGGGACCUGCUCAGCGGCACGGCCCACAUGGCCGUCACCUCCUUCAGCAUCAACUCGGCACGGAGCAAAGUCAUCGACUUCACCAGCCCUUUCUUCUCCACCAGCCUGGGCAUCCUGGUGAGGACCAAGGACACGGCCUCACCCAUCGGGGCCUUCAUGUGGCCCCUGCACUGGACCAUGUGGGUGGGCAUCUUUGUGGCCCUGCACAUGACCGCGCUCUUCCUCACCCUGUACGAGUGGAAGAGCCCCUACGGCAUGACACCCCACGGCCGCAACCGCAUGAAGAUCUUCUCCUACUCCUCGGCCCUCAACCUGUGCUACGCCAUCCUCUUCGGGCGCACCGUGUCCAGCAAGACGCCCAAGUGCUGCACCGGCCGCUUCCUCAUGAACCUCUGGGCCAUCUUCUGCCUCCUGGUGCUCUCCAGCUACACGGCCAACCUGGCCGCCGUCAUGGUGGGCGAGAAGACCUUCGAGGAGCUCUCGGGCAUCCAUGACGCGAAGCUGCACCACCCGUCGCAGGGAUUCCGCUUCGGCACCGUGUGGGAGAGCAGCGCCGAGGAGUACAUCCAGAAGAGCUUCCCCGAGAUGCACGAGUACAUGCGGCGCUACAACGUGCCCACCACCCCCGCCGGCGUCACCAUGCUCAAGACGGAGCCGCCCAAGCUCAACGCCUUCAUCAUGGACAAGUCGCUGCUCGACUACGAGGUCUCCAUCGACUCGGACUGCAAGCUGCUCACCGUGGGCAAGCCCUUCGCCAUCGAAGGCUACGGCAUCGGCCUCCCGCAGAACUCGCCGCUCACCUCCAACGUCUCCGAGUUCAUCAGCCGCUACAAGUCGUCCGGCUUCAUGGACCUGCUGCACGACAAGUGGUACAAGAUGGUGCCCUGCGGCAAGAGGGUCUUCGCGGUGACCGAGACUCUGCAGAUGGGCAUCUACCACUUCUCGGGGCUCUUCGUGCUGCUCUGCAUCGGCCUCUGCGGCUCCCUGCUCACGUCGCUGGGCGAGCACGUCUUCUACCGCCUGCUCCUGCCCCGCAUCAAGCGCCAGAGGAAGUUCAGCUACUGGCUGCACACGAGCCAGAAAAUCCACCGGGCGCUGAACACGGGCACCGAGGAGCAGAAAACCCGGGUGCUUGGCUUGGAGAAGGGCCGGGAGCGGCGCGUGCACUUCCAGCUGGCCUCGGAGCCGGAGGCGGGCGCGGAGCCGGAGCCGGAGGCGGGCGGCCAGGCCGAGCUGUGCCGGCUGGAGCGGAGGAUCCGGGCGCUGCGGGAGCAGCUGCGCGCAGCGCUGCGGCGCAGGACGGAGCUGGCGGCCGAGCUGGACGGCGCCGCGCCGCACAGGCAGGCGGAGGCCCAGGCUGGCCCGGCCGGGCCGCAGGACCGUGACGAUUAA